UGUGGGUGUGUGUGCCAAAUGACCAUCCAUGUAGAGGGGCUUGUGGCUAUCGCGCUGUUCUAUCUGCUGAUCCUGUUCGUGGGCAUCUGGGCAGCAUGGAAGAACAAACACUCCGGGGAGGCGGAGGGCACCGACCGCAGCGAGACCAUCAUGGUCGGAGGGAGAGACAUUGGAUUAUUUGUCGGUGGAUUUACCAUGACAGCGACCUGGGUUGGAGGUGGAUAUAUCAAUGGCACAGCUGAGUAUGUAUAUCUGCCUGAUUAUGGCUUGGCUUGGGCUCAAGCUCCCUUCGGAUAUGCUCUCAGUCUUGUUGUGGGUGGUCUUUUUUUCGCUAAGCCCAUGCGCUCACGAGGUUACGUCACCAUGUUGGACCCAUUCCAGCAGCUGUAUGGGAAACGCAUGGGUGGCCUCCUCUUCAUACCUGCACUAAUGGGUGAGAUCUUCUGGUCCGCUGCCAUCCUCUCCGCCCUUGGUGCCACUCUGAGUGUCAUUGUGGACAUCAACAUCAAGAUGUCAGUGGUUAUCUCAGCACUCAUCGCCAUCUUUUACACGCUGGUUGGAGGACUUUACUCUGUGGCCUACACUGACGUUGUGCAGCUCUUCUGUAUCUUUGUUGGCCUGUGGAUCAGUGUCCCCUUUGCUUUGACCAACCCUGCGGUGGCAGACAUAACCGUUACUGCAGUGAAGCAGGUGUACCAGUCACCCUGGAGAGGCAGCGUCCAAAAGAAUGACACCUGGGUCUGGAUCGACAACUUCUGCCUCCUGAUGCUCGGAGGAAUCCCCUGGCAGGUGUAUUUCCAGAGAGUCCUGUCUGCCUCCUCGGCCACGUACGCCCAGGUCCUUUCCUUCCUGGCCGCUUUCGGGUGCCUCGUCAUGGCUGUACCCUCCGUUCUCAUCGGGGCCAUUGGGGCCUCCACAGACUGGAACCAGACAUCAUAUGGUGCCGUUUCUCCUAAAGAGAAGUCCCAGGCAGACAUGAUUCUACCCAUCGUUCUCCAACACCUUUGCCCGCCGUUUGUCUCUUUUUUCGGCCUGGGUGCAGUGUCUGCAGCUGUCAUGUCAUCUGCAGACUCCUCCAUCCUUUCAGCGAGCUCCAUGUUUGCGCGCAACAUCUACCAGCUUGCCUUUAGACAGUCAGCAUCUGACCGCGAGAUCGUGUGGGUAAUGCGAAUUACCAUCUUUGUAUUCGGUGGCCUUGCCACGGUGAUGGCGCUGGUGACCGGGACAGUUUACGGCCUCUGGUACUUGAGCUCAGACCUGGUUUACGUUAUUAUCUUCCCCCAGCUGCUCAGCGUGCUCUUUGUCAAAGGCACCAACACCUACGGCUCUGUGGCCGCCUACCUGUUCGGCAUGGUGCUGCGUAUAGGUGGAGGUGAGCCCUACCUGGGGCUUCCUCCUUUCAUUUAUUACCCUGGCUGGACCACUGAGAUGAGGACACAUCACAUGACUGGAGAAACAGAGGAAGUCAUCAUCCAAAAGUUCCCCUUCAAGACCAUCUCCAUGCUCGCUUCCUUUCUGGGCAACGUCGCUUUCUCCUACCUGGCGAAGUACCUGUUUGAGAGCGGCAAGAUCUCACAUAAAUAUGACUUUCUCGACGCAGUGGUGUCCAAGCACAGUGGGGAGAUUAUGGAUAAGACAACGCUUGUGACUCGUGGCAACAACAUUGGGCUAUCGGAGAUGGCGCCCGUCAAAUCACGGCUGAGCGUGACCUUAGCGACCGCCUUCACACGCCGUGACACGCUGCCGACAGAAACAGUGGAGGAAGAGGAGGAGGAGUCCAGCCCUGAUUUCUCUCACCAUGAUGAAGAAUGA